CUGCGUGUUAGUACAGCCACAGCCAAACCCUGUCUGAUCGCUAUCUUUAGACAUUGGUCGGGCUCUUAAAUUCUUUUUGUGUGCCAACCAUUUAAACUAAUUAGGGGGCUUGAACAAAACCGUAGAUUCAUGGGAAAUGAUGACACCAACAAUACAACCACCGUUUUGUUGCACAAUACUAAGAGUUUGCACAACAAGGAGGAACUAGUUUAGACUUGAGCCGAACAUUUCUUUAAUUACACAUGCUUUUUUUUUCUUUUUUUUUUCUAGCCUUCAAAAAAAGUGAUCCUAAAAGUGUCGCUCUCUAAUAUUACAACAGGGAGGUUUGAGUUAUUUUUUAUUUUUAUUUUUUUUUAAAUAUGGCGACAAGAGGAGGGUACCCCAUGAAUGCUGGUAGUCCCAUGAAUUUAGGGGGUAACCCUAUGAAUCCUAAUAUUAACCCUAUGAAUUCGGGUCAAGGUGGUCUUCGGAUCCCUCAUGCAAUGCAACAGAAUCCAGGCUAUCGCACAAUGGGCACCGGCGCAUCCCCGUACCACCAGCGGCAGGGAAUGCCCCCAGGUCGAGGUAUGCCAAUGCCAGGGAUGGGGCCUGUUCCUGGCCCUUCAUAUGGUUCAGGGAUGCCCAUGAGGCCUGGCAUGCUUCAGCAAGGGAUGGACCCCUUCCGAAAACGACUUCUUCAGCAGCAGCAGCAGCAGCAGCAGCAUCACGGGAUGCAUAACCAGAGACGGGGAAUCAAGCGAAGGAAAAUGGCAGACAAGAUACUUCCUCAAAGGAUUCGAGAGCUGGUUCCUGAAUCUCAGGCCUACAUGGACCUCCUUGCCUUUGAGCGCAAGCUCGACCAGACCAUUGCUCGCAAGCGCAUGGAGAUCCAGGAAGCUAUUAAAAAGCCUAUAACGCAAAAACGCAAGCUACGUAUCUACAUCUCCAACACCUAUACCCCCGCCAAACCAGAGGGGGACGAGGCAGAGAAGGUGGCUUCAUGGGAGCUGCGCGUGGAAGGAAAGCUCCUGGAAGACCCUGGAAAACAGAAGAGGAAGUUUUCUUCCUUCUUUAAGAGUUUGGUGAUUGAGCUGGACAAAGAACUGUACGGACCAGACAACCACCUAGUUGAGUGGCACCGGAUGCCUACAACCCAGGAAACGGACGGGUUUCAGGUGAAGAGACCUGGAGAUGUCAAUGUGAAGUGCACUCUCAUGUUAAUGCUGGACCACCAGCCCCCGCAGUACAAGCUGGACCCACGUCUGGCUCGUCUCCUGGGCGUUCACACCCAGACCCGUGCCAACAUCAUGCAGGCUCUGUGGCUCUACAUCAAGAACAACAAGCUGCAGGACAGCCACGAGAAGGAGCACAUCAACUGCAACCGCUACUUCAGACAGGUUUUUAACUGUAAUCGGAUGAGAUUCUGUGAAAUCCCGAUGAAGCUGGCUGGCCUGUUGCAGCAUCCAGACCCCAUCAUCAUCAAUCACAUGAUCAGCCAUGCCGAGUGUGUGGACCCCAAUGACCAGAAGAAAACGGCUUGCUAUGACAUUGACGUGGAGGUGGACGACCCCUUGAAGGGUCAGAUGAGUAGCUUCCUGUCAUCGACCACCAAUCAACAGGAGAUUGCUGCUCUGGAAGUGAAGAUCCACGAGACCAUCGAGUCAAUAAACCACUUGAAAACUCAGCGGGAUUUCAUGCUGAGCUUCAGUAACAACCCCCAGGAGUUCAUUCAGGACUGGCUGAAAUCCCAGUGCCAGGACCUCAAGUUGAUGACGGAUACGGUUGGAAACCCAGAAGCGGAGAGAAGAUCAGAGUUUUACGAGGAGCCUUGGGCACAGGAGGCUGUCGGGAGAUAUGUUUUCUCAAAGGUCCAGCAGCGCAGACAAGAACUGGAACAAGUGCUUGGAAUCCGCCUCACCUAAAGAUGUUUUUCUAUAUAAUACAUGCCCUGUGGAAGCUCUGACUCGAAAGCACGUCACCUUCCAGCAUUGGAAUUGACAGGGUCCACACAAACACAUGGCGGUUUUAUCUAUAGAAUAACAACUAGAAGAUGUAUUUUUUAUGCUACUAGGUAUCGGCGUAUUGAAUCUAAAUACGGCAAUUACUGGAAAAUAUAAGGCAAUUAAUUUGUGUUUAGUUAAAUUGGCUAAAUUGGGUCUUGGUGAUUGGAAGGGUUGAGGGGUGAUUUUGUGUAUAAUUUUGCUUUAGGCAGCUAAUCGGGAUGACAGAAUAGAGGGUAAAAGGACACAGAUGGGUGGCCAUGAUCUUCAUUUUCUUUAUUUAAUAUAUUUUGUCGUUGUUUUAUAUGUAUCUCUCUAAGAUCCGUGUCCUUGGACAUCUUUUUCAUUCCAGUCAUAGUAUAUCUAUUUGUAUUUUAUAUGGGAUGGGAUUCUACUAUUGAUAGAAGAGGAUUAUAAAUUAAACCUACCUGGAGUAUAGGAAAAAAAAAGCAUAGGUGCAAAAACUUUUUUUAUAAUUUUAUACACCAAAGGAUUUGUUUAACAGUUUAUUGUUUAAUACAGUUUAAUCACAUCUAAGAGCAUGGGAAUAACACAGAUCAUUCAGGUUUUUUUUUUUCUUAAUUGUAAUUUAGUUAUUGACAACCAAUUUGAGUUAAACUGUUGAAUGACAUUGAAACUGUAAUGCUAGCACAAGUAUACCAUUUCUAUUACUGUUGUCCAGACAGUAUUACCAGUGGGUUUCUUCAGUGAGAAUAGGUUUACCGUAAUUAUAGGGCUAACAAUCAAAAGGUGUUUUUCAGUGGUUCUUGGUUUUCGGCAGUUAAAACCUGAGAACAUGCUCUGCAAAUUUAUCUUUUGCAAUCUUGAAGGCCUUAACAUUGAAAUUUUGAAGCAGGGAGGCUUUUGUCUUGUUAAUUUUUUUGCUUUUACAACAUUCCAAAUUAAAAGCUAUGUUUGUUUAGUUGCAAUGCGUAUCAUUGCUUCAAUUUGCACUAUAUGUGUUGGACAUGAUUUUUCAAAACAGCAAAACAAUUGCUGUGCUUGUCUUUGUGUAUUUCAGGGUUGAUUUUUGGUGUUACAGAUGUGGUACAGAUGUAUUUUAAUAUGUAACUUUCAUGGUGUGUUCCUCGUGCUUCUGUGAACUAAAAUGUUCAUAGGCACUUAUACACAUAUAGAAAUAGUACCACAGGGUCCACAGCAUCAUUGUUUGCUAAACAAAAAUAAGCCUUGUAAAAGCAUAGUAAAAUUCACAUUUAAAAAAUGUUCAAUUACAAUUGGAAUCUGCGUAAUAAAUACAAAAACAAAACCGUUAAGAUCUGUAGUUGAACCUUGUAAUAAUGGUGGACAGUAUUUUAAAAGGUAACUCAGAAUCUUGGCUUGUUACAGCACUGUUGCACUGCACUAUGUACAGGGUGAUUUAUAUAAUCUGUGCAAUUGUGGCAUUGUUUUCAGUUACACCUAAUGCGGAGAUUGUUGAACCUCCCUCUGCUAAGCAAGGUACACCACAGUCUCUGUUACAGACGUUUGUGCCUUUGCGUAUUUCCGUGAUGCUCUGACGAUGUUGUGUGAAUUAUGAAGUACCCUGUAUGCAACAAUGAUCACUAUGCAUUUCCUGGUAACCUUUUUUGUUUAGUGCACAUUGAUGUGUGUUUUUUAAAAUGCUAUAGUAACCAUAGUUUUGUUAAGUAUUAAUAUUCAUAGAUUUCCAUUUUAUAGUUUUAUUAUCUUAAGUAUCACAUUACUGCAAUUGUCUUUCGAGUUGCGGGUACACUUAUAAAAGUUUACCUAGUACAUUUGCACAGUAAUUUGCUGUUUUUUCUAUGCAUUUACCAUGGUUUGUUUUUUAAUAUGCUUACCUCUCUGGGCUUUACAAUGUUUACCCAUGCUUUCACUAUGCUAUGCUUUUACUAUGGGGAAACUUUUUUUAAGGUAUUGCUGGUGUACUAGCACAUUCCAGUACCCUUUGCUUUUUAAAGGUUAAGCUUGUGCCCAUUAGAUAUACACCACUGCUUUUGUGUAGCUGGUUGAACAGAAGUGAUGGUGCCUACUGCAUCAAAUAAAAGUAGCACUUACAUUGUGUAACAAAUUAACUGGAUGUGAAUUAUAUAAAACGCUUUAUAUGUGUUGGAAGCCUGCUUCAACAAAAUGUAGUUUUGUAGGAAAUGCUUUGUAUAACGUGAACAUGUAAGUCUCUUUGAUUUACUACUGGGUGUGCACAAGAGGUAUUGUUUCCAAAAUUCUUAAUCGCAUAUCAUGGAUCAUAUAUCAACUGGGCAAUACAUUUCUCAACACGAGCACACGUCCGCAGAAAAAAAAGGUCUUCCUAGGAUCGUUGUGUAUCGAGACCCGGCUCCCUCCUGCAACAAUGCUGGUUUUCUGUUCCUACAAUACACCACUCAGAGCCCCAGUAUUGUUGCAGGAGGGAGCAUGAACUGGAUACACUGAUGUUUAGAAGAAGAAAUCUCUCCUGGCAAAUGCUACCCAGUAAAAAUAAAUCCCUAGUUUAUUUACCUAUGAUAUGUGAAUAAAAAUAUCAAAACAAUCGUGGAUAUGGACAGCAUGGGAUCCAACAAAGUUUAAUGUCUUUCUUGUAAACACUGCAAGGGGUUCUGUAACCAUUUAAGGGAUUGCAUUAGAAAGUGAAUGUGUGAAAACAGCUUUUGGUAGUUUCAAAUCUAGAAACAGUAGACAUCAAUGAGUCAUGUAUAUGGGGUUUUGAAGUGUCCGUUAGCAGAUUUUAAAAUGUGAUUUUUAACUCAGGAAGUUAACGAUAUGGCAGUGGUUUGGAUGAUGGCUAUCUAUAUGUCAUUGCAUUACCCAGUAUAUAUAAAUUAUACUAAAUUACAUCAAAUAAAUCAACUACUAAGGGUUUGUCAAAAUUCCAUCUCUUCUUGUGUACAGUGAUGUCAUCCCGUGCAUUGAAGAUAUGACACAAUUCUGAACUUAAAAAAAAAAACACUUUUUGUGCGCAGGGUGUCUCUUAUUACAAUGGAAAUCAGUUUCCACAGAUGGAGCCUUGCUCUGCCGUCCUGUUUCACCCAAACUGCAUGAGAGGACAUCUCUUACAGCAAUACACACAACGUACACACUUUUAAAGUACAGCUGAAUAAGAACAUAUGGUAAUCAAUUUAUUUGCUCACUUUUAAAUCCAUAAUAUAAAUCAGCUGUGCUGUAGUUGUUUGUUACCAGUUCUUCAAUGUUAACAGGAGUGGUUCUCUUUCCCAAAGUACUGUUUUGUUUUUGUUUUUUUGUUUGUUUUUUUUAUACCCAAGCAAAAGAUUGAGUCAUGUACUUUGCAGUUUCUUGCCUGGAGACUUCAGUAUCUUUCAGAGUUGGAUUGAAAUAGAAAAAAACAGGCUUUGUUGUGUAUUUAAUUCCACCUUGUCUUCUGCUGCUGUGUGUCAUCGGCUGACUGGUUUAGUUCAAAGGAACCACAGAGGCCCCACCCCUAACCCUCAUAUGUUACUCAAGGGUCACUGGGUAAAGCUGCUGUGCAAACGAAGGCAUGGCGUGACAGAGCUCCUUUUCAAUGUGAAUAAUAGCAGUAAAAACUGUUUGUGUCCCAAAAGCUCUUAAAAAUGGGAAAGGACCAGACAAGACUUUGCCAUUAAACUCGAGCUUCAAUGCUAGUAUAAAAACAAAUAUAAACAUGCUUUUAUUAAGGGGGCUAUACCCAAGACGUUAAGGAAAUGUUUUCAGUUCUCUCAUUUGCAUAGCGGCUAUCUCAAGAGCCCUGUAUCAUGUUUCUGUAGAUUGCUUUGUUUUUCUGCCUUGCUUGGUGAAUCCCUGCAGAAACAUGUCCAACAGUAGAUUCAAAUAUCCUUGGUUAUUCAGAACCUUUUUAUGCAGUUCUGAAAUAUGAUUAUUUUUCAUAAAUCUGUGUUAAGGUGCUUUGACUGUGAGUUCAGGAUAUGCUCUUCAGUUCUAUUUGCAUCCCGUAUAUAUGUGAUGUAGGUUAGUGUCUCUAUAUUAGUGCUAGCACCAUCUAGUGCACAGCAGUCAUUUACCAGCAAAACAAAAGCCAGCUGGUUUCAAAGAUUGCCCUUGCUGAUCUAGCUUGUAUUACAUAAACACAGGCAAGUGGAACUGAAGAGCAGCUCCUGAACUCAAGUGAAAACACAUAACACAGACUAAUACCCCCCUCCCCAACAGCCAUGAUACCUGACAAAACAAUGUUACAAAGGCAGGACAAUCAAUACAUUGUAUACCUGCUGCUGUUAGGUGUUUGAGAGUACUAUAUUUAAAAUAUAUAAGACACACUUCUGUCAGUUAUAUCCUACAAUUGUUAUAAUCUUUAUUUUCAGUGCCUUGAGAACUACCAUCCUAUUUAUGAUCUGUAUUAGGAAACUACAGUAAUAACAGCCUAAAACAUUUUAGAAGACAUUGUUGUUUUUAUAUUACAGAAAGCCAACAUACAGGUGUAUGAUUUCAGCGGUCUGUAGGAAUUGAUGUCAACAGAUAGGUCUACAGCUCAUUGUUGUUCAAAUAUUCUGUUAUGUUCUUUGCAGGAAGGCAUGGAAAGAUUUUGUGUUAAAGUUGCUCUUUAAAAAAUGUGCAUGAUUUGUGUUGCAUUUGCUUUUUCUUGUUUAUAUAAAAAAAUGAUGGGAUCAGUUUUGGUACAUUUCUUUAAAAAUACAAAUAAAGCCUUUUAUAUUUUUGCUGCAAGAGGCAACACUGCUCA